ACUGUAUAGUACGCGUUAAUCGGUUCGCCAUCAUCACAAGAGAAAAAAAAUUUACAAUUUAGUCUGAAAAAAAUAACAUAAACAUAAACAAGGAAUUUGAUUGCGGACAUUUGAUAAUUGAAUUGUAUAAAAAAAAGUAAGAAGAAAAAAAAGAAACGAAUUGUGCUUAAGUUGGUUUUCUAUCUAUCUAUAAUUGCUAUCGAGAUUUAAUAUUUCAAUGGAAAUCUAAAACUAGAUUUUUCUACAACACUGUAAAGCCCUGUAUAACCUUCAAAUAAGUGAUUAAAUUUGAAAUAAGCACUAUACAGAAUGAGUGUCAUAAUACGACUGCAAAAUUUACCAUGGUCGGCAAAUGCCACCGAUAUUCGUCAAUUCUUCAAAGGCUUAGGAAUACCGGACGGCGGUGUUCAUAUUGUUGGCGGUGAAAAUGGUGAUGCAUUCAUUGCUUUUGCAACUGAUGAUGAUGCAAGAAAAGCGAUGCGUUUAGAUGGAAGUAAGUUAAAAGAAAUCCAAGUUCGAUUGUUUUUAUCGUCACGGGCUGAGAUGCAGGAAGUCAUUGAAAGUGCACGUCAAACAACAAUCUCAUUGAUGCAAAUGCAACAACCGGCUAUUGCUCGACCCAUAGUUGCAACUGUACCGCCACCAGUACUUACACCACAAUCACCACCACAAGCAAGUCUUGCCACAGCUAUUCAACAAAAAAUGCCACCUACACUACCAACCCAAUUACCGGGCCUAAUAACACAACAAAUGUAUCAGCAACAAAUGCAACAAUUACAACAACAGAACCCAGUGGGUGCACUAAAUGGUUUGCCAACAAAAACGAGUGAUACACUCGAUUUAGUAAGUAGCCGACGUAGCCGUAGAUCUCGCUCACGUUCUCGUUCCCACUCUUAUUCGAGAUCGCGCAGUCGUUCGCGUUCACCCUCACGGUCACAUGAUCGAUACAGACGUCGCUCACGUUCACCGCGUCGAAAUAAGGGUCGUUCUCAUCGUGAUAGAAGCGAUAGCCGUGAUAGAGACCGUCGUCGAAAUAAUCGACCAAAUGCUCGCAAUGACAUGGGCCGUAAUGGAAAUGAUAAGCGUUCAAGUGUUGAAAUGGAACCAAACCCAUCAAUUGUCCCAAAUCAAAUGAAUGCUAUGAAUUCUCUCUAUCAGCAAAAUGUACCGUUUAAUAGUAAUAUCUCACAGUAUAUGAUGAAGCAAAUGAAUAAUCCAAAUGCGGGCAUAGUAAAUCCAUUGGCCGGUCAAAGUGAACAAAUUAGCGCAUUUUCAACAAAUGAUGUGCGUACCAUGAAUAUGAACAUGUCUUUACAAACAAAUCCGUUAGCUUUUCAGCAACAUUUGUACGGUCAACAGCAACCGGUUAAUAUGCCGGCAUUUAAUACAUUCUCACAAACGGCGGGUGUUUUACAAAAUGCUCAACAACAACAGCAUCCGCAUCAACAUCCCCAUCACCAGCAAAUGACAGGACCUGGAAUGUCUGGUCAACUGAAUAAAUUUGGCAUGAACAAUGGCAUGGGUGGUGGUGGUCCGUAUUGUGUUCGCGUACGAAAUUUAUGUAAUUUAACCAAUUACAGUGCAAUUCGUAAAUUCUUUGCUGGUUUAUUAAUUCCAAAUGAUGGCAUUAAAAUGAUAAAUGAUACAGAUGGUAAUCGAACUGGUCAAGCGUAUGUACGUUUUGCCCGUCCAAAUUUUGUCCAAUUGGCAAUUCAACGAAGUAAUCAAAAAUUGGGCCGAAAUAUUAUAAAAAUUGAAGAGCUCGAUGAAAAAACAUAUGAAGAAGCGCUCGAUGCAUAUCGACCACCACGUCGUAAUAAUUAUCGUGAUCACGAUAGAGACCGUGAUCGUCGAUACAGACGAAAUAGCCGCGAUAGCCGGGAUUAUAGCGACGAUGACGACGACGAUGAUCGUAAUAGCAGCAAAGGAAAUUCGGAUAACGAUCGUGAUAAUGACGUUAUGUGCAUAUCAGAUUCAAAUGAUAGCAAAGAAUCAGCACCAUUUACAACCGUUUUAAUUGAAGAUUUACCACCAUUUACCAAAGAACAAGAUAUCAUGAAAUUGUUCUCAUCAUAUCCGCUUGUUCACAUUGUUAUGGCAAAACGACCGAAAAUGUUUUCAUCAUAUGUGAAAUUUCAUAGUGCUGACCAUGCCAAAGCGGCUGUUAAAAAUACGGCAUGUCAUAAAAUAAGUUUUAAAACAGUCUACAUUUCGGCGUGUAGUGAAGAAGAAUUUCAAACGGCUCGCAAAGAAUUUAGCGGCGAAUUAGACUUGGAUAUUGGAAUGCCAAAAGCGAAUGUUGAAGAUAAUUCAAGCUCAUCGAAUGAUAAAAAUGAUAGGAAUGAAAUAAAAAGUCCCGAUACAUCCAUACAAAAUGAUGAAUACAUGAACGAUGAAUCGAACGAAGUGUCCGACCAUUCAAUAGCCGGUGUUUCAUUGGAAAAUAUUCCGGGCGUUAAUUUGAAUGAUCCACGCAUCAAUCCGGCCAAAUUUCCAUUUUUAAAGAAUAUGAGUCAAAUGGAUACGAAACAUUCCAACGAACGCAUUGAUCCGAGAACCAAGUCAUCGGUUCAAGCGCCCAUAUCAAAUGCAUUCAAUGUCUUUGGCAUGGACGGUUCAAUGGCCGCACAACAACAAUCCAUGAUGGAUAUGAACAUAAGCAUGACCGAAGUAUGUUGUGUUUUAAUCGAAAAUAUGGAAUAUCGUACAACUGAAAUGGAAAUUGUGGAAUGGUCGCAGGUCAAAGCCAAUCUAACGCCAAUUCGAAUUCAAUUGUUGGUGAAUGAACGUAACCAAACAAAUGGCAGUGGAUUCAUACAAUUUGCAAACAGUGAACAAGCAACAAAAGCAAUGGAAUUACUCGAUAAAGCCCAAUUUAAAUCACGUGUCGUACAUGUUUCGCUUGCAUCAUGGCAACAAAUUAUGAUGACCAUACAAAAUAUUACACAAAUUUUACGCGAAAAUGGUUUUGAUGGCAUUGAUACAUCGGGAAAUAUACCACGUCCACCGCGUUACAAUAAUAAUAAUAAUAAUCCAAAUAAUCGAUUCCAAAACAAUAAUCGAUUCAAUAAUAAUGGACACAAUAAUCGCAUGCCCAACAAUCGACCAAACCGUAAUGGUGCCAAUAUGAAUGGAUGCGUUGUGUCCAUGUCGAAUGUUCCGUAUAAAGCAUCCGUGGAAGAUAUACUGGAUUUUUUCAGUGACUUUGAUUUAUCCGCCGAAGAUGUCAUACGGAGAUACAACGAUGAAGGCAAACCAACUGGCGAUGCUCGUGUACGAUUUGACUCACCGUCCGAAGCGAGACGCGCCAUUGACUUACGCGACAAAUGUCGACUCACAAAUCGACCCGUUUACUUGCAACUGUUUAAUCAACAUUAAGCUCUUUUUAUCAUAUUUCAAUUCAAUUAGGUUUAGGUUAUUUAUCAUCUAAUUUAAAUACGAAUAUUUGAUUUGCUCACUUGAAGACCAAGAAAGAAUGAGACAAACCUUGAUGGUUUAAAGAUUUUUUUUAAAAUGAAAACAAGAGCAAAUAACGAAGCAAAAAUACAUUUGGACAUAGUUUGCUUAUCAGUUUUAAGACAAGCAUAUUCCUCUU